UGCCCCAUCAUUGGUAUUAGUGGGAGGAAUAGUGCCCCAUCAUUGGUGUCAGUGGGAGGAAUUAGUGCCCCAUCAUUGGUGUCAGAAGCGACAAAUCGUGCCCCAUCAUUGGUGUCAGUGGGAGGAAUAGCACCCUAUCAUUGGUGUCAGUGGGAGGAAUAGCGCCCCAUCAUUGCUGUCAGUAGGAGGAAUAGUGCCCCAUCAUUGGUAUCAGUGGGAGGAAUAGUGCCCCAUCAUUGGUAUCAGUGGCAGGAAUAGUGCCCCAUCAUUGGUAUCAGUGGGAGGAAUAGUGCCCCAUCAUUAGUAUCAGUGGGGGGAAUAGUGCCCCAUCUUUGGUGUCAGUGGGAGGAAUCGUGCCCUGUCAUUGGUGUCAGUGGGAGGAAUAG